GCCCACCUAGUAUUGAUGCGCUGAGAGAACUUCCAGAUAUUGCUCUUAAUAAUCUUCCAAGUUUAAAAUGUAAAAAGAAAAUAAGGAGAAGAGGGAACAGAGGGGGAAAGUGUGGUAGAGGAGAUUCUCCUAACCAUAAAAAUAAACUUGGUUUUCAAGGAGGGAACACCCCUUUUUGGAGGCUGAUCCCUAAGAUGCGUUCGCCUAAACCAAGAGAAGGAGAAUUUCUACGACUUAAUGUCGGGAAAUUACAAGUCUGGAUUGAUAGAGGAAAGAUUGAUCCUUCGAAGAAAAUAACUUUGAAAACAUUGCAGGAUUCCAAGUUGUGUAGUAGAACAAAAUAUGGCGUUAAACUUUUAGGAGACGGCGCUCUUGGCUUUGUUAGUAAAAUAGACAUAGAAAUUUCCGCUGCCUCUAAAACAGCGAUUGAAGCUGUUGAAAGAAACGGAGGCCGUAUCGUGGCGAAGUACUACUCGCCCUUGACGCUACGGGCUUUGCUUAAGCCUGAAAAGUUUAAGGUUCUUCCUAAGGAAUUUCCACCUACAAAAAACAAACUAUUGGAUUUUUAUACCAAUCCUGAGAAGAACGGAUAUCUUAGUUCUAAGUUUAUAUAAAGCAGAAU